GCGGGGCCUGGGGCGCCGUGCGCCGGAGCCUGUGGCGUCAAUGCGGCCGCCGUGUCCAUGGAGAGAGGCUGAGGUGGCCGAGCUCCGGCCCGAGGCACCGGGGCUCCGGGACGGCGAGGAUGUCGGCUUCUUUAGUCCGAGCCACUGUCCGGGCUGUGAGCAAGAGGAAACUGCAGCCCACCCGGGCCGCCCUCACCCUGACACCUUCAGCAGUAAACAAGAUAAAACAGCUUCUUAAAGAUAAGCCCGAACACGUAGGUCUGAAAGUUGGUGUCCGAACCAGGGGUUGUAAUGGCCUUUCUUAUACUCUAGAAUAUACAAAGACAAAAGGAGAUUCUGAUGAAGAAGUUGUUCAAGAUGGAGUCAGAGUGUUCAUCGAAAAGAAAGCACAGCUAACACUUUUAGGAACAGAAAUGGACUAUGUUGAAGAUAAAUUAUCCAGUGAGUUUGUUUUCAAUAACCCAAACAUCAAAGGAACGUGUGGCUGUGGAGAAAGCUUUAAUAUUUGACUACUCUGGCUGUAAGCUCCAGGAAAACUCAUGGAAGUCCUAGGGCUUACUGAAGAAAUCAUGUGACUGUCACGUGCUUAAAGUUUAUAAUGUAUGACUGCCUUAUGAGGAAAAUAAAAUGAUGCAUUUUGAAAGUGAAGCCAGUGUGUUAGAUUCCAGAAGAAGCGAUAUUUGUAUUCUUUUUAGAGGGCACAAAAUGAGAAACCAUUGCUCUCUUUGGGUCAUUUUCCUGAUUUGUAAAGAAAAAAAAAAAAGUCCUACCCUGCACUUAAUUGUCUUGCAUCCUUUCUAUUAGAACCAGUUUCAUGAAAGCUGCCUACCUGGGAGGGUUUCAGGAAACGUAUUUUUAAUACGUGUGCACGCCAUAGCUCACCGUUGAGAGUGGCGUGAACGUUCAUUUCCCGACCAGAUUGAUGGCAGAAGAUCCUGACUGCCGGCAUGACGUGGAAGUGCACUGGUUUUCCACCCAAACUUGGCACAGCAUUUCUACGUUUGUGUCCAAAAUUUCUUUGUCAGAUGCCUCAUUUGCUUUACCCUUUAGCAGCACCAGCCGGUAGAUGAAAGUAUCGAACAAAGAUUACCUUGAACUGCAGUGCAGAACAGUUCUGAGCGAUGACAUCAAAAGGUAAGAAAUACUUCACCCACUAUUUUUAAUCCAUUUCUUUUGCUACCCAGAACAUCCCCUCAAAGGUGGAAUCUCAAGCUGGCUUAGAUCCUUUUGGUUGCAAGGUGUCUUAAAAGCCAUCCAGCCCACCCCCUCAAUGCUAUACCUGGGGAAGCAACCCCCAGGGAACCUACAGGAUGUCCGUCCACCCUCACACUAUGGGCUGUGUAGCAGCAGAACUGGAACUACACUCUCUUCCCUUCUGUGGAGGAGCCACUAGUUCUGCAGUCUGAGGCAGUCAGUGAAGAUCAGUGUGUGGUCUGGCUUCUUUAUCUGGUUGGCAUUUUGAUAAGAUUUCUUUAUAAUUUGAUGAAGAUCAUAUUUAGUUUAUUUUAUUUUGAGUGAGAAGAAUCUUAUUUUAAAACCCACUUA